ACGGCACUUGGCCCCGCAGUUAGAACCCUCGCGGGGGGUUUGUGGGUCCUCUUUCCCUCCCUCUGACAACUGCCCCAACUGCUCUUCCCGUCCCGGUCACAGUGAAAAUGUAGAAAGGGUCGUUGUCCGUACGACUGUGCGCCAGGGCUCGGGGAGGGCCGGCCUCCUCGUGAGCGCCCCGCUGGGAAUAGUGAACAUAAUCACCUCUCAUUCCAGACUAUGUUAGGUCUUAAUGGUGGGAGGACGCCCGAGUGCCCCGCCCGUUUCACCCCGAGGGGGCGGGACAGUGGGUCGUGACGCUAUCAGAGGGCGCCAGAGCAGGGAUCGGACGCGAAUUGGGGAUGUUGGACUCGCUGUUAUCCUUGGGCGGCCUGGUGCUGCUUCGGGAUUCCGUGGAGUGGGAGGGGCGCAGUCUCUUGAAGGCGCUUGUCAAGAAAUCUGCACUGUGUGGGGAGCAAGUGCAUAUCCUGGGCUGUGAAGUGAGCGAGGAAGAGUUUCGUGAAGGUUUUGACUCAGAUAUCAACAAUCGGCUGGUUUACCAUGACUUCUUCAGAGACCCUCUCAACUGGUCAAAAACUGAGGAGGCCCUUCCUGGGGGGCCGCUGGGAGCCUUGAGAGCCAUAUGCAAGAGGACAGAUCCUGGUCCUGUCACCAUUGCUCUCGAUUCACUCAGCUGGCUGCUGCUUCACCUUCCCUGCACCACACUCUGCCAGGCCCUGCAUGCUGUGAGCCAUCAGGACGCCUGUCCUGGUGACAGCUCCCCGGUGGGGAAAGUGAGUGUGCUGGGCUUGCUACAUGAAGAGCUUCACGGACCAGGCCCUGUGGGAGCUCUCAGCAGCCUUGCGCAGACUGAGGUGACCCUGGGCGGUACAAAGGGCCAGGCCUCGGCCCACAUCCUGUGUCGGAGGCCCCGACAGCGCCCAACUGACCAGACUCAGUGGUUCUCCAUACUUCCGGACUUCAGCCUGGAUCUCCAAGAGGGGCCCUCCGUCGAGUCCCAGCCCUACUCCGAUCCUCAUAUACCCCCGGUGGAUCCCACAACUCAUUUGACCUUUAACCUUCACCUGUCCAAGAAAGAGAGAGAAGCCAAAGAUAGCCUGAUCCUGCCUUUCCAGUUCAGCUCUGAAAAACAGCAGGCUCUCCUGCGGCCUAGGCCAGGCCAGGCUACCAGCCACAUCUUCUAUGAGCCAGAUGCUUAUGAUGACCUGGACCAAGAAGACCCAGAUGACGAUCUAGAUAUUUGACUGGUCAGAUUUGGUUAGAUUGUAAUUGGAGGGGGCGCAGGAAGACUUUGGGCCCAGAACCAUCUUUCUCUUGCUUGUGUUAGCCUUACCCUGUCCCUACCCCACCUUGGUUCCCCUCGUCUAUGGAUCCCUGCUCUGUGAGCCAGGAAGCAGCGUCUCAUCAGGACAGAAGGUAGGAUGAAGACAUGGGAUAAUGUGAGAGUAGAACACCCCCGUACCUAAUAAAAUCUUUAUUUUUUUAUUAAAAAAGAAA